UCUUCGACGCCCAUACAUGUUCAUAAUGGGACAUCCUCACUUUUCAACUCCCCCUUAAAAAAGCUUGACAGAUUAGAUCUCAAUAACAUUAAACACAGACGCGCAAGUCAAUCCAGCGAACACGACAGCCAGAGCGACAGCGAUUCCAAUGAUGAAAUAGCCAAUGCAACAGUUGUGGAAGCUGAAGAUUCUGAAGGGGACGGCGACCAUGAUCCUCCUUCUGAUCCCUUGCAGUGUUUAGAUCCGCCUGUUUACGUUCGCAAAAGGAAGCGUGCGGAUCAUACAGCCAUGACCCCGAAGUUUUCAUUUAUCAAAGAGCUUCAUACCCCUGCGGAAGAUAUGUCAGGUAUAAUGGACAAUGAAACAAAUGAGUCAUACCUGAAAAUCAGCUUUUCAGCGUCAGAUUCUACGCCCUGCCCUCCACAGCCAAGGAAAAAGUUUAGGAGAAAUUUACAAGAUGGUACGCCUUCACAACCUUCCAAGAUUUCUGGACCGAUUCUAAACCUAAUGAGUUCAAAGAAAUUUUCAAUUUCAGGUGCACCGCUUGUCAAUAAGCUUGAUGGUGCAGAGAAAUCAGAAGAGGAUACAUCUUUCAAGUCUUCUCCGGCUUCCACUACCUCUUUAUGCAAGACAAAGCUUAGUUCUACCCCUAUUAGUCAAUCAACUCCCAUGAAUUCUCGACCUGGAUCACCUUCACAAGCCGUGCAUGGAGUGGGUGAAAAACAUGUGUGGUGUAGUCUUCCGAGGCCAGACUUAAAGUAUAGUUAUUACACUCCUCAGCCCAAACUGACAACCACAGCGAAUCGUAUCACAAGCGAGACUAAAGACUUUGUUAGAAAUUAUCACUCGAAUAACAUUCUAAUGCCUUUUGAAAACUAUAAGAUCGUCGGUGACUUUCCCAUUUCAGCUGCUGGAUUGAUGGACGAAGGGGAUCAGAACAUUCACAUCGCUGAUAAAAGGAUAAAUGAUCCUUAUUUAGUGAUUCCCCAUGGAAUGAAACGAAAAAAGUUUGAUGAUAUUUUGAUGCAAUACCUAAAUACAUCGAACAGACUACCACUACUAAAGCAUUUUGAAAGUGACCUUGGAAUUGAUGAGAUGAAACUGCUUAUAAAUGAUGGAAAAUCAGUAAGGUAUUUCUAUGAAGAAGUCCUUUCCCUGAGUGAUUAUGACACGCGGGACUUCCUAAAAAGGGAGAGAAUUCGAUGGCAUCCAGAUAAAUGGGGGAGUAGACUCGCAGACUCGUGUUUUGACAUGUCUCUUAUUGGAUCGUUGAGUCUGGUGAUCAAUGUCUUGUUGGAAGAG